UAUUUCUCUAAAGAACACUCAUACAACUUCCCAACAGGUUCUAAGGUCAGUUACAAAGGAAUACUUUCAAAAGUGUGAGUGAAGGUAGCAACUUGAAUUAGGUGUAGCAUGUAAGGAUAACACUGUAGGAUGACACUAAAGUCCUGUGUAUCUAUUAAAAAUUCAGUGUCAGUGGCUGGGCCUGGCAAAUGGCAGGUCCAGGAGAGAGCGGGGCUUCGGGUGGCGGAGGCAGCACGGAGGAAGCAUUUAUGACCUUCUACAGUGAGGUGAAACAAAUAGAGAAGAGAGAUUCAGUUCUAACGUCCAAAAAUCAGAUUGAAAGAUUGACUCGUCCUGGUUCCUCCUACUUCGAUUUGAACCCAUUUGAGGUUCUUCAGAUAGAUCCUGAAGUGACAGAUGAAGAAAUAAAAAAGAGGUUUCGGCAGUUAUCCAUAUUGGUGCAUCCUGACAAAAAUCAAGAUGAUGCUGACAGAGCACAGAAGGCUUUUGAAGCUGUGGACAAAGCUUACAAGUUGCUACUGGAUCAGGAACAAAAGAAGAGGGCCCUGGAUGUAAUUCAGGCAGGAAAAGAAUACAUGGAACACACCGUGAAAGAGCGAAAAAAGCAAUUAAAGAAGGAAGGGAAGCCUACAGAUGUGGAGGAGGAGGAUCCUGAGCUGUUCAAACAGGCAGUAUACAAACAGACCGUGAAACUCAUUGCUGAGCUGGAAAUUAAAAGGAAAGAGAGAGAAGCCAAAGAGAUGCAUGAAAGGAAGCGACAAAGGGAAGAAGAGAUUGAAGCCCAAGGAAAAGCCAAACGAGAAAGGGAGUGGCAGAAGAAUUUUGAGGAAAGUCGAGAUGGUUGUGUGGACAGCUGGCGAAACUUGCAAGCAAAUACGAAGGGGAAGAAAGAGAAGAAAAACUGGACCUUCCUGAGACCACCAAAAGUAAAAAUGGAGCAGCGUGAGUGACCACAUGGGGUCACGGCCACAGAACCUUCCCGCAACUGUCUCCCCUCCCGCUUUGAAGGACUCAUUCUUUCCUCCCAUUUUCAUCCCGACAUAGAGUAGUAUUUGCUUUUUAGUCCAUUUUGUUUUCAAUACAAUUUAAUAUCGAUCAGAGUAAUUCUUUUGUACGUUGAAAUGAGCGGCUCGGUUUAAAAAGAAACCUUCCCCCACCCCUACCCCUAGACCAACUGGGAUUGGAAGGUUCCACCAUUGGUGCCGUCUUCUCUUCCCACAGCCUGUAACUUAAUGUUUUGUACGUCACUGAAUUGUGAUGGUUAGAAACGUCGUGUAUAGUUUGUGGAAAUCAUCCAAUUAAACGUAUUGCUUACAGUGGUGUGGCCGUGACUUCAGAGACAAGCCUGGGCCACCUUUAGGAAGCCCCUUCGCCUCAGUUGCUUGCUUCUGGGUAUGGCAUCCUUCAAAGCCCCAGAUCAGGCAGGAAGGCAGUGGACACACAGAGCAGUCACUCGGUGCCCUGACGUCCCGUGGUGUGUGGCAUGUGCUUUCCCGUCUGACAGGCCAGUCCACGUGGCAUGAGGCUCCAAGCCACUCAGACCUUUCACUUUCCAAAGACCUAGCCAUCCUUCAUCCAGUACCGUUGUGUCCUAGCCUGUCUGCAUUUGUCAGUGGUAAUAUUCUGUAUGUGUAAUAAAUUUUUA